AUGCGAAGCCCUGCGGACUCCGCAGACUUCGCAGAACUUAGCCGAACAACUGACGAUGACUGGGACACGAUUGUCGAAGAACUCAAGAAAAGAGACGCAGAUCACCUCCUCGGCAAGUUCCCCGAUGUCGAAAAUCUCGAGUUCGUCGAGCAUUGCGACUUCAAAGACAACGAGGGUCGGAACUUCCUCCCGUAUAAACUCCGCCUAUGGCGAAGCGAAACUGAGUCCAACUGGGUGUACAUGAAUUACUUCGAUAAGAAGGCCGCGACCUUGACUUUCAUACAGGAAUAUGCAAGCGUGGAGGACGGCACUUCCGAGCUUCGACAGGAAAUCGUGGAAGGAUACGCAGUGGGUGAUCUCUCAAUGGAUGAGCCACUGCGGGCCAUUCAGAGAAUUGACGAUGGGGACGCGCGCAAACAGCCCUUGCGAGCCGUGAUCAAAGCGCUGUUCGUAGCCGGGGGAGUCAUCACCGCUGAGCGCCUGUUGGAGCAUGGAUCAGGUCUAUUUUACAAGCAGCUCAUAUCAGGACUAAGAGUUCUAAAUGGGCUCCAUCCAACGAUUGUCGCGGGACGCCGGACUCGGAGGGAGCACGUUGAAGAUGAGAGUCGAACCGAAUCCCAGCGGCGGGUUGACAACACAGAAGCAGAAGUUCCCGUGGAAUCGAUAGACCAGCCAAGGCGUAGUAAAAGAGCCCCGCGGCGCUUUAUUGAGACUACUCCUCGCAAAUCACGUCUCGUCCGAAUAAGGUUGCCGAACGCCGGCGCCACCCGCCUCGAGCGCAACGCUUCGGAAGUUCGAGAUACUGAGAGCAGCUACACCGAAUCCCUCGGCAACGUAGAUCAGAACUCAGAGAUGUCCGGUAGUGACAGCUGCGGAAGCGACUUGGUAAACGCCGAAGAAGUCUUGCACGACCUGGAAAUAACGAUGCGGGAGAACGAAACUAGAUUACCAGAGCCGAGAACCAACAAUCAUCGAAGAGGGGGGCCUCUGCCCGAAGAGGACGACGAGGUGCCCGAGGAACAGUACCAGCAUCUGAGAAAGCUGUACUUGAGGAAGCUCGAUAUCGCCAGAGCCAACAAGAGAAUCAAACAUCAGUUGAAAAUGGCCCAGGAGCAGUCGAAGAUCUUGGAUGACCUCGAGGCAACCGUUACGGCCGCAUUUGACACAGAGUCGAAAGGGCUUAGAGGGUCGCAAAUGGUAAAAUUCACUUUCCGUCUCAGCAAAUCGUCAGGUGAUGACGCCACCUCCGUUUGA